UGGGGCCUCCGGGCAAUAGGGGAUCAUGGGGCCCCUGUGUCCUUGCCAAAACUCAAAAAAGCCUAUGAAAAAGGCAGGGCAUUUUAUUUAGUGGGAACACGGGGGAAUGCAGUUCUGACACCUCCAGCACUGAAUGUAUUUAAUGCCAAGGAGUGCUGGAGGCAGGGGCAGACUGACAACUCAUGGGGCCCCUGGGCAAUAGGGGAUCAUGGGGCCCCUGUGUCCUUGCCCAAACUCAAAAAAGCCUAUGAAAAAGGUACCAGGGACAUCUCAUGGGGCCCCCUACUGACCCCGGGCCCUCGGGCAGUGCCCGAGUUUCCAAAUGGUCAGUCCGCCCCU